AAAUAAUAAAAAGUAAGUCUAGUUUAAAAAUGAAAGGAAAAUUCUUAAUACAUGUUCAAAGGUGAAACAUAUUUUUAACAUAUACCUGUUGGUAAUGAUUAAAAAAUGGCCCUUUAAUAGAUGGUGACGUCGCCAUACCGAAUUAGAUAUAGUUUUCAUGGAAUUUCCGAUCGACAGAGAUUACUCCUGUAGCAAGGCGGAAAACGAGGUAAGAUAAUUUAGUAUUGACGAAGAAAUUAGGAAAUUACCUGGUACAGUAUAAAUAGGAACAUUAUAUUCGUAGAUAGUCAGUAAGUUAUAAGCCGCUUAGACCAUACAUUGAAAUUUUUUACUAAUAAUUUUUUCAGCUAAAUUUAUAAAAUUAAUUAAGAAAUACCUGAUAGUACUUAGAUUUGCCAUUGUUUGCUGUAUAUUUUAAAUUAUAAUUGAAAGAAGUUAUUUACAUUUGUAGUAAGUAGUAUGACAGGAAUUGUAGAUACUGAGGCGUGGAGGGAGUUUUUCUCCGUGCUACAAACCUUGCCGGAGCUUUGGAAGGUCAAAGCGGAUGUCUUUAAAGACAAGCAUAAGAAAAAAAUUGCACUUUCAAAACUAUUGGAAGUAUAUAAGUCAAUAGACGGCAACGCGAAUGAAGACACCGUGAAAAAAAGACUUCAAAAUAUAAGAAGCUGCUACCGCAGAGAGUGUAAAAAAGUCGAGAGGAGCCGAAAAUCUGGAGCUGGCGUCGAGGAGGAGUAUGUACCAACGUUAUGGUACUUUGAUCUAGUUGAGUUCUUGAGGGAUCAAGAAAUCCAGUUGAGUGGGACGUCUACCGUCGACUUGGAUGAUGGAGAUCUUGAGUUACCAACGGAAACUCAUGAGCCCGGGCCCAGCCGCAAAAGGAGAAGAACUAAUGAUGAGUACCUAGAGGAGAGGAAUGCGCUACUUAAAGACGCGCUGGCCCAGUUGGCAUCCUCAGAAAAGCCGAAGGAUGAUGCCAGCACACAUUCUGAAAGUUGGGCAGUUUCACUUAGGGAGCUUUCGCCGCUCCAACAAAUAUAUGCCAAAAAAGCGAUACAGGACAUUUUCACGCUAGGGCAAUUGGGAGCCCUACGGUUGACUACAGUAAAUGUUGCUGAAGCCUUAGCAAUUUCAAGUGAACAUAGCGGUGAAUAACUUUCCCUCCUUCCUUUCUGUUAUUAUUUAAUCAUAUAGUUACAUAUAAAUACAUACUUAUCAAAUCAAAAAUACUAAUUGUUGUUUUCAUUUAUAAACAAACUUUGCCAAGGCACUGCUCCAACUCCAUUAAAAUACUUUGUGUAUUUGAUUCUUGUUUCUUUUGCUAUUAA